ACAAGAUGAUAGGGAAAAAUAUGGUAUCACUUAAGAAACUAGUCAAAAAGGUGAAGGUUGUAGGUAGAGUUGACCAAGACCCUGCUCAUAAGAAGUUAUUGAAGGAAUGUGAAGAGAAAAAAAAGCCAAAAGCCAAGAAAAAAAGAUCGAAAAAAAGAGGUGUUUUUGCACUAUAUGUUGGGGAAGAACGAAAGAGAUGCGUGGUUCCAAUUAGUUACCUUCGACAUCCAUUAUUCAAGAUGUUGUUGGAGAAAGCAUACAAUGAAUUUGGGUUUCAACAGAGAAAUGGUUUGGUUGUUCCAUGCAGUGUUUCAGCAUUUCAUGAGAUAGUUAAUGCUAUUGAAUGUAAGAAUUGUAAGUUUGACAUGGCAAAUAUUUUCGAUGAGUUGAUUUGA